UGUCGUAUUCAUGAUCUAUGAAACAAUGGUUGAUGUAAUGUAUGAAUGUAACUUCGCUGACCGCUGUGAUUAGAGAAUGGCGCUCAGGGUGAAUGUUUUUCUGUUUCAGCAGACGAACGUUCUUGUUGUAGCAGCUGGCUUACGGACCAACAGUAUUCUGCAGAGAAGUGCAUCGACAAAACCUGAGAAGGAGCCAGCAUGUUCAAAGACAGAGAGAAUGGCAAAGAAGCUGAGGGAGAAAACUCCAAUAGAAUUGGCUGUUCCCUCAACUCGAAGAAGCAUCACAUCAAUUCAUAUUCCAGCAGGAUGGGACACAACCUCAUUGGCACUUACCCAUCCAUGCCUAUUUGAAUGAAAGGUCCCCACAGCAGUGGAUCAGUUGCCAGGCGGCUCAUGACAGAGCACUUCAUCACUGGCCUCCAAGAAGCCCUGACCUCAGUCCCUGUGAUUUUUGUCUAUGGGAGAAUGUUAAAGAUACGAUGCCUCGACCACCUCUACCAGCUAAAAUUGAGGAGCUAAAAGAAAGGAACAACUGAAGCUAUCCAAACUGUUACACCAGAGAUGCUACAGAGACUGUGGAACGAGUUCGAGUAUCGGAGUUGAUGUCACUUGAGUUUGUGGAGGGAGUCAUAGUGAACAUUUAUGAACUU